AUGGCCGGUGUGCUCGAACAUUUGUAUAUGUCAUACAAGAUGGCCUUCGACAAGUUCGAGUUGGAUCGUUAUCCCGUCGUUCCAUGGUUGCACUCUUCUAAUGGUCUGGUAUGCAUUUCUCCCGUAGAUGCCAAACUAGUCAUAACCAAUCCUUUGACAAAAGAGUUGAUAAAGCUGCCAAAAUUUAUGUCGAUCUCACGAGACUCAUUGUGUUGGGGUUUUGGUUAUGAUUCGUCCGUAGAUGAUUACAAGGUUAUAGUAGGGCUCGAGAUAUAUGAUGCACCGACACGUUUUGUCAUGUUUACAUUGAAAACGAAUACUUGGAAACAGAUUGGAGUGGUGAACUAUAGGAACAUCGGUAGCCGAUCUGCUAUGUUAUGUAACGGGGCACUUCACCGGUUUAUGAAGACUACUAAUUGCCGAAAUAAUGAGAAUAAAGUUAUUCUCUCUUUUGAUUUAAUUCUAAAUGAAUUUAAGGAAAUCCCCCAACCCGAUGAUAAUAACAUUUCACUCGUAUAUAAAUCUGAUGGAUAUCACAAAACACUUGGAAGUAUCAACGGAUGUUUAUGCAUAUGUGAUGGUCAACGACCUUUCCAUAUGUGGGUAAUGAAAAACUACAACGAAAAAGAGUCUUGGGAAGGGUUUCCUUGGGAGUCUGGAGAGUUUCGUGCGAAAAGCUAUCGUUUUCUACACCAAGUAAAAUUGGUAGGGGACAUUGUUUCUUAUGAGAUUACAAGCACGUUGGUGUGGGACUACGUUCGUGACCCUAUAUUUCUACAAACCCUUGUAUCUCCCCGUCAUUAUUAUAAUGGGCGACCCGGCCAGAAAGGCGUUCAAGGUUCCUAA